GUAGGUGUCAGGGUCGGGGGUUUGGAGGUAGGACCAGAGCGCAGAACAUGGCGAGGAGGCCGCAUGUCCAUAUUCCUCUCGUGUUCUGUUGGUUAAACACAGCAGAUCUCAGCCCAGCGACCAACCUCCCAGGCAUUGCGAUGCUUUCCAUCUAACGCUGUUCAUCAAACAAAGGCGUGUCACAGUCAGAAGAGAGUAUAAAACUGCAUAGCUAUCUUGGCGAAACAGAUGCAUCCAAGGAGCAAGACAAUAAUAAAGGAUUUAGUAGCAAGAAGAUGGAUACCGUAAAACAUCACAAGAGCAGGUCCACAGAAGACAAAGAAUCCAAAUCUAGGAAGAAUCCCAAGCACUUCACAGAUGUUCAUGGUCUUCCUUGCAUUGAGAGGAUUGUAACCUCAGUGGAAGACACUCCUGAGCCCAUUAGCACCGACAUCAUUGGCACCAUCCCAAAUUGGAUACACGGGAACUUCUUGAGAAAUGGGCCAGGAAAGUUUGAGAUAGGUAACCACAGGUUCAACCACUGGUUUGAUGGUAUGGCUCUCCUGCACCAGUUCAAAAUAUCAAAUGGACAGGUUACUUACAAGAGCCGGUUCCUGUCAAGUGACAGCUACCAAUCCAACAAGGACCAGGACCGCAUUGUGAUGUCUGAGUUUGGGACUGUUACCAUGCCAGAUCCAUGUAAAAACGUCUUCCAGCGCUUCCUGUCAAGGUUUGAAUUACCAAAACCAACAGACAACGCCAAUGUGAGUUUUGUAACCUACAAGGGUGAUUUCUAUGUCAGCACAGAAACUAAUAUUAUGCACAAGGUGGACCCAGAGACCCUGGAAGCAACUCAGAAAGUGGACUGGAGCAAAUUUAUUGCAGUAAAUGGAGCAACAGCACAUCCCCAUACUGAGCCAGAUGGAACAGCGUAUAACAUGGGCAAUUCGUACAGCACCAAAGGAGCAUACUACAACAUUAUCAGAGUGCCUCCAACCAAGGAAGCAGAGGAGGAAACCCUGGAGGGAACCACAGUGCUGUGCUCGAUUCCAGCAGAGGACAAGACCAAACCCUCUUACUACCACAGCUUUGCAAUGUCUGAGAACUAUGUGGUGUUCAUUGAGCAGCCCAUCAAGAUGGAUCUGCUUAAGAUUGUGACCGGCAAAUUAACAAGAAAAAGCAUCAGCAAUUGCUUCUCCUGGAACCCCAAACUCAACACUGUCCUUCACCUGAUUCACAAACACACAGGGAAGGUAAGCCCAAUCCAGUAUCUUGCCAAGCCCAUGUCUACCUUUCACCAAAUCAACGCCUACGAGGAGCAUGGUUUCCUUAUCAUAGACCUGUGUGCUUCGGACGGUGGUCAGGCUAUAGCAAACUACAACAUCCAGAACCUGCGCAAGUCUGGAGAGGCCCUUGAUGAGGUGUAUAACACCCUGUGCAGAGUCUUUCCUCGACGUUUUGUGCUGCCUCUCAGGAUUGAGCCCGGCACACCUUACAACCAGAACCUGAUUGACCUGCCCAACUGCACAGCCACCGCUGUUAGAACUGGCAAAAACAAGGUGUUCUGUACCCAUGAGGAUCUCCAUGGGGAGGAUCUCCAUAUGUAUGGGGGUCUGGAGUUUCCACAGAUCAAUUAUGGCAAGUACAACAUGCACCCAUAUCGCUACUUCUAUGGCUGUGGCUUCAGACACCUUGUAGGGGACACUCUACUGAAGGUGGACCUCCAGGGGAAAGAAAUGAAGGUGUGGGAGGAUCCUGGUCUGUAUCCCUCCGAGCCAGUCUUUGUCCCCUGUCCCAAUGCUACAGAGGAGGAUGACGGUGUCAUCCUGUCUGUGGUCAUCACGCCAAUCAAGGACAAGAGUACAUUCCUCCUGGUUUUGGAUGCAAAGACAUUUGAGGAGCUGGGGAGGGCUGUAGUGCCUGUCAACAUCCCAUACGGCUUCCACGGAACAUUCAGUAGCACCGCCUAGACAUGACUGGAAAAACAUCUAACCUUGGUUAGCCCUACCGUCCCAAAUGGUUCUGUCCAAUUACAUUACUACAAACCCUGCAAGGCUCACUGUAAUGUUAGUGCUACAUGUGCACAGCACAACCCAAGGCUUUGUGCAAACAGUGCCUGUAUAAAGAAAAGCUUAACUUAAUAGAAGGUGAGAGUGUGACAUAUAUGAGACUAAAUGUAAUGGAUGGCACAAUAACUGACUAGAAUAUGACCUAAUCAACAGGAACUGAUCAUUUAAAGCAUAUAUCUUUCCUGUUUUCCUGCAGCUCUAAAACUUCAUUGGUCAUGUAAAAGGAAUGCAGCAGCCCUACAAGACUUUUUUAAUUUUAGGGUGACUGAGUUUAUGACUCAGGGAUAAUUGUUUUUUUUUUUUUUAUCAUUCAUGCUUCCCUUUUAUGUGUGUAUGCAAAGAACAUCAUUUGUCACUAUUCUACAUAAUGUAAGGACAGGUUGAAUAAGUUGAGACGUUUUCUAUUCAUUUAACAUUUUAUUUCAGCAGAAAUAAAUAAAAUGAUGUUGUGAAUGGC